AUGAGUCCAAAGGAUCGGAUGUUUCAACUUAUUGUCUGGCGUGAAAAUCCGUCAGAAAAGCUUCAAAUUUACCAACUGAAUACAGUUACUUAUGGCACUGCGACUGCUCCUUUUCUGGCCAUACGAAGCCUUCACGAACUUGGUGUUCGCCAUAAGGAAACACAUCCUCUUGGAGCUAAAGUCGUCUGCAAUGACUUCUGCGUCGAUGACAUGCUUACUGGAGCUGACGAUGCUGACACGCUGAAGGAGAUUUGUGUCCAAGUGUCAGAUAUCCUAAGCUCCGGUGGUCUCCAAUUGGCCAAAUGGUACUCCAACCACCCUACUUUAAUCAAUGGGAAUGAAACUGAUAAAGUUCUCAGUUUCAACGACACAGAUUCGACCAAAACAUUGGGCAUGCGGUGGACGCCAAAAUCUGAUAUAUUUCGAUAUCAUUUGGACUCCAGCUUCACCGAUCUUAGCCCAACAAAACGCACCGUUUUGUCUGUGACAGCUCGUAUGUUCGACCCACUUGGCUUGCUGAGCCCCAUCAGUAUUAAAGCCAGAAUAUUACUGCGAGAGCUCUGGCAAAAUCAUCUGGCUUGGGACGAAACUAUCCCUAUGCAGAUGCAUACAAGAUGGGAGAGAUUUAAAGAAAAUCUACGAAACCUUGACAAAGUAUCCAUUCCACGAUACACCAAUUCCAGCAAAGCCAAGAUCCAAAUUCAUGGAUUUGCAGACGCUUCAACCACGCUUAUGGCUGCUGUUUAUAUAUACGAGCUAAUCAGAAUGGAAAAGUGA